GAGAGAGAGAGAGAUGCAGCGUCCGACGAUGAACAUCACCACCGAUCAGAUUCAAAAGUAUUUGGAGGAAAACAAACAGCUGAUUUGGGCGAUAUUGGACUGUCGGAACCAGGGAAAGUUGUCUGAAUCUGCUCAGUACGAAGACCAGCUUCAAAAGAAUCUGAUGUUUUUGGUUAAGAUCGCCGAUGCCCAACCACAAACCCCUUCUGUUACUACUCAGAUGAUGCCACAUGAGGUAAUGCCUCAGGUACAGCACUACAUGCAACAGGCACCUAUUUUUCCUCCUGUGGAUCCUUUCCAGUUUAAUCUACGACAAAUACAAGAACAGCAGCAGUUGCGGCUGCAGCAGCUGCUGCUGCUCCAGCAGCAGCAGCAUCACCAACAGCCGGUUCUCCCUCCGAACCUGGCAAUGAGACCCAUUACCUUGAGUGCCAUGCCCACCCUGCAUGCUGAUCCAACAAACAAUCAAGAAACAGAUGGCCCACCUUCCGAGGCUUCUGCUGUUAGCCAUAGUAGCUCUGGCGAAGCAGGCUGGGGAAGUGGAUUGAACCUACCUGAGUAGGUGUGAGAACCAUUUCUGAGGUUUCUGUUCAACUAAGGUCGGCUUGUAUAUACUACCAAAUACCAAUGACUAACACAUGUGAGUAUUCUUUCUGCCCAUCUUUUGACUUCAUAAUACUGCUAUGUUGUUAUGGACAUAUCUACAUGACCAUAGUUCUACAUUGGAGCUUCACUUGUGACAUUU